AUGAUGAAAGCUCUUAUCUUCCUUGAAGCGGUGUGCCUUACUGCAUGCAUAGCUCAACAACCUUCGCCUUCGGCACCGCCAGAUCAUGGUCCGAUUGGAUUUAUACUACGUUCUCCGGAACAAAAAGUGUUUUCCCACAUGGGCGAUCGACCGGAAUUUUUGCCACCGUUCCUGCAAAAGAGUACUCCGGAAGCUCGACAGCAGUUCUUCGAUAUUGUUAAAAAUGGCUCAAUUACCAUUGAUGGCAUGCAGGAGAAGUUGAAGCAAUGGCUCAAUUCGCAGAACGAUCAAGUCAAGGUGCACCUUUUCUAUAAAAAUCAAACACUCAUACAGGAUGUUCCGGUGUUAAGUGGACCUCUCUUUAUUUCUUUCAGUAUUCGAAUUUUGAUAAAGGUGUGGAAAAAGCGGGACAAAGUCGCUGCUCUUGUCGCUUUGACGUGUUCUGCGCUAGCUACCGUGUUGAUACUCAGUGAACUGAAAAAGUGGCUGGCUGCAGCGAUCGUUAAAAAUGGUUCAUGUCAAGGGAAUAAUCUGUGCUAUCGUUAA